AAUAUUCAAAAGUCAAAUAGUCAAAACCCUAAAAAUCCUCUGAGUUCUCCCUGAAACAGUUGGCUUUUCGUUCGCUGAUUCUCUUCGACUCGACCUGAGUCGACCUCUACCAGACGCCGCCAUGGUUGGAAAGCUCAGAGAGGACUCUACCAUCAGCGAACCAUUGGCCCAAAAAACUUUCGAAAAACCCGAUACCAAAGCCGAUAAAAAGAAGAAGAAGAAGAAGGAGAAGAGAGAGAGAGACUCAGGUUGUGCAGAAGAAAAUGAAGUUAGUCCCAAGAGGAAGGUACAGGAAGGAACUGACUCAGAGCUUCACAAGAAGAAGAAAAAACACAAGAAAUCGAAGGAUGAAAAUGUAGGCAUCAAAACCUCCGACGAGAAAGAAGAGCCGACGGUGGAUGAAAAUUCUGCAGAUGGAUCCGUGGUAGUCACUGGUAAAGGUGUGAAGGAGGAAAAGUUCGUACCGCUUAAGUCGUUUAUCGAAGCCGGACUUCCAGAUGAAGUAUUGGAGUGUUGUAGAACUUUCAAAAGCCCAUCGCCUAUUCAAUCCCACGCUUGGCCGUUCUUGUUGCAUGGUCGAGACUUUAUUGGAAUCGCCGCAACUGGAUCAGGCAAGACUCUGGCGUUUGGUGUACCUGGUAUUAUGCAUGUCUUGAACAAGAGGAAGGGCAAGAUGCCGAAGGGUCGGAGUCCUCUCUGCCUAGUUCUAUCUCCUACGAGGGAAUUAGCUCAACAAAUUUCAAGUGUACUGGAAAAUGCCGGAAAACCUUGUGGUGUGACGUCUACUUGUUUGUAUGGAGGUGUUUCCAAAGGCAGCCAAAUAUCUUGUCUUAAAUCUGGUGUUGACAUUGUGAUUGGAACUCCUGGACGUUUAAAGGAUUUGAUGGAAAUGGAGGUCUGCAGACUCUCAGAAGUAUCCUUUGUGGUCCUUGAUGAAGCCGAUCGAAUGUUGGACAUGGGAUUUGAACCAGAAGUGCGCUCUAUAUUAAGCCAAACUUGUACAGAACGCCAGAUGGUUAUGUUUAGUGCUACAUGGCCUCUACAAGUUCAUCAAUUGGCUCAAGAAUUCAUGGAUCCUGACCCAGUAAAGGUGGUUGUAGGUUCAGAGGAUUUGGCUGCCAAUCAUGAUGUCAUGCAAAUAGUUGAGGUCUUGGAUGAUCGAUCACGUGAUGACCGUUUAGUGGCUCUGCUUGAAAAAUACCAUAAAUCGCAAAGGAACAGAGUAUUAGUUUUUGUCUUGUACAAGAAUGAGGCUGCACGAGUUGAAAAAAUGCUUCAGAGAAGGGGUUGGAAGGCUGUUUCAAUACACGGUGACAAAGCACAAACUGAACGCACAAAAGCAUUGUCAUUGUUUAAAAGCGGUAGCUAUCCGUUAAUGAUAGCUACUGAUGUAGCCGCUCGAGGUUUGGAUAUUCCAGAUGUAGAAGUAGUAAUUAACUAUAGCUUUCCUCUCACAACCGAAGAUUAUGUCCAUAGAAUUGGAAGGACUGGACGGGCUGGUAAAAAGGGUGUUGCUCACACAUUCUUCAUGCAGCAAAACAAGGGACUUGCUGGGGAGCUGGUAAAUGUUCUCCGUGAAGCCAAGCAAGUUGUACCUGAUGCACUUCUGAAAUUUGGUACUCAUGUGAAGAAAAAGGAAUCGAAGCUGUAUGGAGCGCACUUCAAGGAAAUUACGGCAGAUGCCCCCAAGUCCAAGAAGAUUACAUUCAAUGAUUCUGACGAUGAAUAAGACUGAUUACACCUGAAUUCUCCCAAAUUUUUCCAGGGCCUCAAGCAAGCGAAAUUGCUUUUUUUUUUUUUAAUAUUUAAAUUUAUAAUAGGAAAACGUGUAUUUUCUGUUUAAUUCAAUUUUGAUCAUGUGAGUGUCGUUAAUGUUCUGGUCAAUGAUGACUGGGAAAAAAAAAGUGAUGAAUGAUUCAAGCAAUUCUACUAUAAUGUAAAAUGCAAUCAGUAGUGUAAGUUAUCAUUUAGCUAA